UUUCAUUCUUUGAUUCCCAACCCCUUCUCGCACUAUUAUAUUCUUCUUUAAACAAUUCAAGAAUCCCCUCCUGCCCUCAUCUCCACCUGUCAGCAUUUCCCUCUUCUCUGUCCAGCCAAGGUUCAUGUCUGAACUCGACAUCCACAUACCUACUGCCUUUGAUCCAUUUGCUGAUGCAAAUGCAGCUGAGAACUCAGGUGCGGGUGCAAAGGAAUAUGUUCACAUCCGCAUUCAACAGCGCAAUGGGCGGAAAAGCCUGACAACCGUACAGGGUUUGAAGAAGGAGUUCAGCUAUACCAAGAUUCUGAAAGAUCUCAAGAAAGAGUUUUGCUGCAAUGGCACUGUUGUCCAGGACCUUGAACUUGGACAGGUUAUCCAGCUCCAAGGUGAUCAGAGGAAGAAUGUCUCCACCUUCCUUGUUCAGGCUGGGAUUGUGAAGAAGGAGCAAAUCAAGAUUCAUGGUUUCUGAAUUGCAGCAAACAGGAAUGCUCUUGUUGCCACUUCUGCUGCUGCUCAUCUGGAAUGUUACCAAUGUUUCAUUGUAUAUAUGUUGUACCUAAUCUUUAGUGUUGUUAUGUUUUUUGUAUAUAUGUUGUACCUAAUCUUUAGUGUUGUUAUGUUUUUUUAAUUGUGAAAAAUGAUGUAAUUUCAUAGAAUGAAGCAUGUAUAUGAUCUUUUGUACAUAUUGUCUCAAACUAUGUAAAUCUUAUUCUACUUUUGAUCACUAG